AUGGGCAGGAGCGCAAAGAUGACAAAGCGCUUCUCGAAAGCAGACCGCGUCGCUAAAAAGGUCAACGCCCAGAGUGCACCCGCCGCCCUCUCGCGCUCGGCCUCGCCCGACCACGACGCCGACGCGCCCCUCGCCAUCCCGCUCUUCAACACGUCCGUCCCCGGCCGCGUCGGCAAGCAGGCCUCGUCCCGCUCGAGCCGGCCCCAGCAGCAGCACCAGCAGGCCGACUCGGACAACGACGACGCCGACGACGGUCUCGAGCCCGCCCUCGAGGGCGACCACCGCUCCAGCACCGCCGCCAGUGCGCCGCAGCAGAAGAAGAAGGGCGGCCUGCGCGACAAGGUGCGCGCCGCGAAAAAGGCCGUGCACGACGACGAGGACCGCAGCAACGACAAGCUGUCGGGCGCACAGCGGCGCAAGGCGACAAAGAAGCACAACGUGCUCGGCUCGGUCGAUUAUGUCAAGCUGCACGAGGCGAGGCCGGGCAAGAAGAAGUUCCGGUAG